AUGCUGAAAAAUUCAAAAUCCAAAUCAUCAAACUAUUCCGCCAUCUCCGAUAAAAGUCAGCUUCAAUAUGAUGCAAAUUCCAAACGAAUAUUAAAACGAUUGAUGAGAGAGUUACUGCUCACCAAAAACGUUGCUCCAUCGACUGUGACCAACAAGAAGGAUUCUCCUCUUAAAAAUUAUUUCAAAGAUUUCCCGAUGGACGUUCUCGUCGGAAAUGUUUUUCAAUUUAUUUCAUAUUUUGAAUUAAUUCAUAAUUUUGCAAUGGUCUCCAAAGAAUGGUUUUUCAGUGUUUGGGAAAAAUAUUUAUUUAAUUCUUCCAUCUCGAGAUUGUUUUUAAAUUUUGAGAAAAGUCUGAAACGAUCCUUUCAUUUUGCCAAGCUUGGUGGUGAAUACACCAAAUUCCCAAUUUUAUUACCCAGUUACGACGAUCAUGUGAUGUGUGACUCCAAUUUUGGAAAUGUCAAACUAGAACCAGUGGCUCUGUUUGGAGAAAAUUGUGAAGCAAAAUUACACAACUUGCAAGAGAGUUCAAGACAAUUGAAAUUUCUUCCAUUGGAUCCUCUUCAAGAGUAUCGAGUGCUUCAUAGUGCCAAAUUUUCCAUCGAUCAAGAUUCUGACAUUGUCUCUCGAGAAUUACAUCAUUUAGAACAUUUUCGAAAAUAUGUGACAGGUCCCAUUCGAGGAGCUUACCGUCUUUACAAAACCUCUCCUAAACGUGUGCCUCUCAACAAGUUCAGUUUUGCCGAAAUAUUUUUCGAGUCCUUAUACAGUAACAAGGAACAUGUCGCUCACAUUUUCUUUCCUUCGUUUUUAAAGAAGGAAAUUAAGAAUUUGAAUGUUUCUGAGAAGGAUCAAAAUAAGGCAUACUUUGCUUGCAUGGUUUGGCUCAUGAGAGAAAUUUUGAGUUUUUUCUACAUGAUCUUUCAAUAUCGAAUGUAUAGUACGAAAUAUUCGAAUAAGAGUUCUGCACAAUGUAGUUCCUCGGUAAACAGUACAACCAUCAUGAAUACAACAAAUCGUAGUAGUAGUAGUGGUAAUGAUAAUAAUAGUAAUACUAUUUCUACAAAGAACAACAAAUAUCAACAAGUAGAAGAGGAAACAUUCGAAAGUACUCCUUCGAAUAUAAAAAUUUGCCUUCGAGAAAAGAGAGUUUGCCUUUCACGCUAUGAAGGACAUGACCACUUUUCAAGUCAUGUUGAUGAAUGUUUCGCACAAGUAGCAGAUGUUCUGUACGGAAUGAAUGUGAUGAAUGCCAAUUCUGGCCUUACGAUUGGUUUCAUUGGUUGGAGAGUGUUAAAAACGGAUGUGACUUUUAAGAAGAGGGUUUGA